GCGCCGGCCUCAGGAGAGGACCCCUAUGCGACCGCGUCCCUACGGUCCUUGAGCCUGGUCCUUGAGCCUGAGUCCAGCGCGCAGCGAUGGCCUUGAGGCUGCUGAGAUUAGUCCCGGCGUCCGCGUCCGCGCGCGGCCUGGCGGGGGGCGCCCCGCGCGUGGGACGGCUUCACACUAGUGCACAGUGCGAGCUGCGGUAUGGGGCUUUGGCAUUCCUGCUUGGUGAAAGGACAACCAAGAAGCUGACGGAAUCCAGCAGAGUGAUCACUGUGGAUGGCAACAUCUGUUCUGGAAAAGGCACGCUGGCCAAGGCAAUAGCAGAGAAACUAGGCCUGAAGCACUUUCCUGAAGCAGGGAUCCACUACGCAGACAGCACCACUGGGGACGGGCGGCCCCUGGACGUGGAGUUCAGUGGCAACUGUAGCUUGGAGAAGUUCUAUGACGACCCGAAAAGCAACGAUGGCAACAGCUACCGCCUGCAGUCCUGGCUGUACGCCAGCCGCCUCCUGCAGUACGCAGACGCCCUGGAGCACCUGCUGAGCACAGGACAAGGUGUGGUCCUGGAGCGCUCCAUCUUCAGCGACUUUGUCUUCCUGGAGGCCAUGUACAACCAGGGCUUCAUCCGCAAGCAGUGUGUGGACCACUACAACGAGGUAAAGAAGAUCACGGCCUGCGAGUACCUGCCUCCCCACCUGGUGAUCUACGUGGAUGUGCCUGUGCCGGAGGUUCAGAGUCGGAUCCAGAAGAAGGGAGAUCCACAUGAAAUGAAGAUCACCUCUGCCUACCUCCAGGACAUCGAGAAUGCCUAUAAGAAAACCUUCCUCCCCGAGAUGAGUGAGAAGUGUGAGGUCUUGGUCUACAGUGCGCGGGAGGCUGAGGAUGCGGAAAAGGUGGUGGAGGACAUCGAAUACCUCAAGUACGACAAGGGGCCGUGGCUCAGCCAGGACGACCGCACCUUCCACAACCUGCGGCUGCUGGUUCAGGACAAGUUGGAGGUGCUGAAUUACACGACCAUCCCUGUCUAUCUCCCGGAGAUCACCAUUGGGGCUCACCAGAGUGACCGGGUCUUCCGAGCCUUCAGAGAGCUGCCAGGCCGCAGGUACCGCCCCGGGUACAACGCCGACGUGGGCGACAAGUGGAUCUGGCUGAAGUGAGCGGCGCCCACCGGGCUGUCACGGCACGAGGAUGCUUCUGUCCCGUCCCUCUCACAGACCCCACAGAGCUGUGCAGCUGCGGGAUGCAGAUGGCGGUGAGCUGCGCGGAGGACCCAGCAAAUGCAGCCCACCCAGUGCGGCCUGUGGAGUUUGGGAAACAACUUCCCUUGCCAGGCCUCGGGCCUUCUGGCUGUGUUCUGAAGUCACCGUGAUUGUCACGGGGGGAGGAGCGUCAUUUGCUGUCAAGGUGUCCGCCCAGCUCCGUCAGCCACAGUGGCAYGCUGUUCCUCUGACUUGAAGAAAUAAAGCUGUUGCUGUGGAGUCCC